CGCCCUUCCUUAGCAAACUUGUUUGAGAUGAUAUUUGGCGGACUUGUCUCAGCUGCACUUCGGCGGCUCCCUCCUCUGAAGGGACCUCCGAUAAAGUGUGACGGACAAGUUGAGGCAGGACUGAAGGUGUGGCAGCCGCAGUCGUAAGGAGGAGCACUCACUGUGUCGUGUAAGUGUCACGGAAGAAAACUUUAUGGAACUUGUUGUGCUCUCGGUCUUGAAUCUGCGAGACAUUUCUGUCGGUGCGCACUUGAUUGUGUUGCAGAAGGAUCUGGGUCAAGAACAGAUCUGGGAGGGCUGCGCAACAGGAACGUCGGAAGUUGAAUAUCGGGUUCUCCCGGACACCUGAAGUCUGCAUAGCUUAAAACCAGACUCGUCAGUUCAUGGACAUUUUCUACUUGAGAUCUGGUGGACUUUUGUUUCUGGCCAUGGAGAGAGCUUAAGCAUUAUCGAGGAAGAGCUUUGACUACUUUAUUUUCUUUAAACUUUUUUUGCAGAACCUCCUUUUCCAUCCUUCAUCACUUCUAAUACAGCUGCCAUGCGUAGAUUCAGCUCUGAGGGUUCCCUCCUUGAUCUUGACUUCCCAACAUGGAAGAAAGUGUCACUGAAGAACCCAGGUUCUGGACAAAACCACAAGUCUGGCACCUACACACUUCACUUACAGGAUGAUGAGCUGGAUCGGAAAUCAGGUCACCUGACUCCCAUCAUCCAGGAGCCCACGGAGAGUCCAAGUGAGAUGACGAAGAAUGAGCUGACUCGGGAGCACAGCAUGAGUGCAGAGAACCUGUGCGAGCUGAGUAAACUGGAAAAGAGCCAGAUCAGUGGCUCUCUCAUCAGUCAAGGCAGCAGGGCUUAUAGUGACAGCCAGCUGGCCCCAGCUGCGCAGGGCAGCACUGAGAGCAUGGAGAAAGACAGUCUCCCUCCACUGUCGCCUUUGUCCUCUUCCGGCCCCUUUAAGAUGGAGCACAGACACCAACAGAGAGACAGAUUGUCAGCUGCUAAGCUGCACCUCAAGAGUCUUUUUGCACAGAGUCCUCAUUCGUCAAACUCCAACCUGGCCAAUACAGAACAAAAAGACAGUGCUAAAGAGAGAAGGUCUCGCCUUGUAUUCAUGCGUCAGUGGAGUCAAGUGGGUCACAGUAGAAAGAGGAGGUAUAAUCGAGAUGAGCUGGAAAAAUGGGCCGAGUCCUUAAAUGCCCUGCUGGGAAGUCCAACUGGUGUUUCAGUAUUUGGAGCAUUCCUGCGCUCUGAGUUCAGCGAGGAGAACCUGCAGUUCUAUCUGGCCUGUGAGCGGUACAAACAUUCGUCCACUAACUUCAGCCUGCAAAGGAGAGCCAAAGACAUCUGCGCAACCUAUAUCCAGCCAGGAGCCCCCCGGGAGGUAAACCUGGACAGUAAGACCAGAGACCUGACGAUCCAGCUGCUGCAGGCUCCCUCUCGCACCUCUUUGUCCCACGCACAGAAACGCAUCUACUCACUUCUGGACACAGACUGUUACCCACGCUUCCUCCAGUCUAACGUCUACCUCUCCUUACUCCACGAGGCUGAAUAGAGGCCACACACUUGGGCUCAGGAGAAUGGUGGAUCGGUGGUUUUCUGGAACGGCUCAAUUUCCUUCAAACUAUAAAUGACAAAAUCUAACUAUUAUACUGUCAAAAAUAGAGCUGCUGUGUAUAAAGUGUGUUUAACACCCCCCCACCCCCACCCCCCCACACACGCACACACAUGCACCCACCCUGACAUCCUAGCUCAAAUGUUGAUAAUAGUUGGACACUGUAAAUAGAAAUGUUGGUUACUGCAAUUAAAAUUUGGGGAAAUAUGUUUUCACUGAGAUGUUUGUGAUGUUACAAUGCUGGGAUUUGGUUGGCCUAGUUUAGGAUUAAGACUGGAAACAGUUGGAAACGGCCAGCGUGCUUCUGUCCAGUCAUACAAAAAUAAUGAAGUGCUAAAGUUGAACCGCUACAGUGAGGUUGUCGGAUUUGAUGACAUCAUUAUGAGUCUGUUACACCGGCAUCACCAACAAGUGAGACAUUUUAACUUCUGUUAAAAAAUCAAAAAAUUUAGGAGACCUCUCUAAUUUCUGAAAACACCAUUUUACUUUAGUUUCAUAUCAUUCAAUGGAAGGAAUCUUGACAAAUUUAUCAAGACAGUUAAAGAUCUUACAGCAAACAAUCCAGGCUCUUUUUUUUCUUUUUCGUUUUGUUUUGUUUUUUGCACCCCACAUGUGAGCUGUCAUAUCUACAGAGGCGGUAUGUUUUUAUGAUCAUAAAAAAGAUUUACUAAGAGCAGUUUUUUCUUAUGUUACUUAUGUACUGACACUCCACAUA